CCGUUAGACAGUGUGCUGUACCACAAGCUUAUUCAUCAGAAGCACAGUGUGGGUGAAGGAGGGGUGCAAGAAUUAGGGAGACUCAGCCUAGAAAGGAACAAAGAAGAUACUAGAUAGGGAGUGCAAGACAAUAAGUGGCAAGUGAAAGGGGGAGAGCAAAGUGUAGAGGCUGGAGGGAGAGAGAGAGAUAGACAUAUUUAUAGAGGGAAGAGAGAGGGGGAUAAGGGAGUGGGCAUUACAAGAAAAUACAACCAAACAAGGAUAAGGAGUAAGAGGGAAAACAGGGGGAGGGAGUGAAUAAGGAGCAGCCCAGUAGGAAAGAAGUUGGCUGUGUUACACUAUAGCGCCGACGGUGACUGGGAGCAGCAGCAUUGUGACUGGGAGCAGCAGCAGGGUUACUGGGAGCAGCAUGUCUCUGUCCGUGCCACAGAAUGGAAUGCAAGAGGACAAAGACAACCUCAUCGAGCUCUUUGUGAAGGCCGGAAGUGAUGGCGAGAGCAUUGGAAACUGUCCAUUCUCGCAAAGACUCUUCAUGAUCUUGUGGCUAAAGGGUGUAGUGUUUAACGUGACAACAGUUGACUUAAAGAGAAAACCAGCAGAUUUGCAAAAUCUUGCUCCGGGGACACAUCCGCCUUUCAUAACUUACAACCAUGAAGUGAAGACAGAUGUGAAUAAGAUAGAAGAGUUUCUUGAGGAAGUAUUAUGUCCUCCAAAGUACCGUAAGCUAUCAGCCAAGCACCCAGAAUCUAACACAGCCGGUAUGGACAUAUUUGCCAAAUUUUCAGCUUACAUAAAGAAUUCUCGACCGGACGCCAAUGAAGCUUUAGAGAGAGGCCUGCUGAAAACCUUGCAGAAGCUGGAUGAAUAUCUUAACUCUCCUCUACCGGACGAGAUUGAUGAGAACAGCAUGGAUGACAUCACAAUUUCCAACCGCAAAUUCCUAGAUGGAGAUGAUAUGACUUUAGCAGACUGCAACUUGCUCCCCAAACUUCACAUUGUCAAGGUGGUGACCAAAAAAUACCGAAACUUCGAUAUACCAAAAUCCAUGACUGGUAUUUGGAGAUAUCUGACCAAUGCCUACAGCAGGGAAGAAUUUAUCAACACUUGCCCAGGAGAUCGUGAGAUCGAAAUUGCCUAUGCAGAUGUAGCCAAGAGACUUACCAAGUGAACUGUGGACCACAAACAAAACAAGGCCUUAAUUUCCACCUGAAAUUUAUAUAUGUAUAGGGGAGGGGUCACUAAUUCUUACAUUUUGUUUUCUCUAUAAUUCCGUUAUUUGUGAAUAUUCAAUCCAGAGCAAGUAUUUUUUUUUUCUUUUUAAGUCCCACAUAGGUAAACUUGCCAAUGUAUGGCAUAUUUAUUGGUUAAAGAAAGAUGUUGAUAUUAAUGCUAAAGUUACAGUUGUUCAAAGUCUACAACCUUUCCAGAAACAUGUACUUUUAGUUUUAGUAAACGCUUUCUGUGAAA